GUGAGUUGAGUGACUUCUGACUUCUGCUUCUGUCUGAUUUGUGUUGUGACUUGUAUUGUGAUUUAACGAAACAAACUUAUUGAUUCUACAAAUUUGGGAUUUCUAAACUUUAUUUAGAAUAUUUAUUUGAUCUCGCCAAGGCCAAAAUAACUAGUUGUCAAGAAAUUCAUUCUCUUGAUCCUACUAGCCUAGGCUAGGUUACUACUGCAACCUUGCUCUGCUUCUGCUUGCGAAUUUACUUGCUGUCUCUGUUUACUAUUAAGUUAGUAACCUAAAAGCUAUUUUAAAUUGUUGUAUUGUAAUAAAAAAGGAAACAAAUAUGCCUAGCGAUGAGGGGCUAGUAUUGUGCUACAAUAAAGGUUGUGGUAAAACAUUUGAUCCCAAUGCAAACAAAUCAGAUUCGUGUGUAUUUCACCCAGGAGUGCCAGUGUUUCAUGAUGCCUACAAAGGAUGGUCUUGCUGCAAGAAAAAGUGCACCGACUUUACAGAAUUUCUUAACAUUAAGGGGUGUACAACUUCCUGCCACAACAAUGUAAAGCCAGAAGAACCUCAGAAACCAGUGGUGGACAAGUCCAAAGCUGCGGAAGUCAUUGAAUAUAGAGCCCCAAAACCAUUUACGGAACCAACUGUCGAGCGGCCAUCUUUCGAUUCACCCAUGACAACAAUGGUGCCAGCGGUGUCCGAUGUUUUGCGCCAACAGGUGGCCGCGUGCAAGCAAGGCGAAGGCGAUGUCACCCCCGACAACUCCCAAGGCGGCAUACCUGUAGGAACUGCUUGCAAGAACAAUGCUUGCAAAGUGACAUACGAAGGACCAGAAACGCUGAAGACACCUUGUGUUCACCAUCCCGGCUACGCAGUCUUCCACGAGGGAUUGAAGUUCUGGUCCUGUUGUACUAAGAGAACAACCGACUUCAACGCCUUCCUCGAACAAGUUGGUUGCAGAACAGACGAACAUGUUUGGUUUAAAUCCAAGGGUGGAAGUUCAGUCAAAUGUAGACUAGACUGGCAUCAGACCGGAUCUGCCGUGUAUGUCUCUGUGUUUGCCAAGAAGUACGAUCCGGAGCAAUCGUACAUCCAACUGUCUCCCGUGAGACUUAAAAUGUCCCUGUACUUCCCAGAACAAGACAGUUACUACACUAACGAUCUUGAACUGCGAGGAAUUGUAAAGGUAGAAGGCAGUUCUGUACAAAUGUUACCAACGAAAGUAGAAGUGAAACUGAAGAAAACAAGCGGCGCUUCUUGGUCUACUUUAGACAUACCUCGUGCCGUGCCUAAACCUGCCACCCCACCUGAGGUGGAGGAGAAACCAGAUGUUACCUUGGAAGAACAAGUAGAUGCGGUAGACUUGAGUGAUCUGUAGGUUACAAAAGUCAUAAAUUUGAAUCUAGUUCGAAGUUCGGUUUUCUUUUACCGUCUUUUGCUAAAAAUACAGGGCACAAUCAUUUAAUUUUUUUAAUUAUAUGGCAUUUUAAUUUGUUAUUGUUGAUAUAUUUUGCUGGUAUUAAUACUCAAUAAAUAUUUUAUUCUUA